CAGUCAUGUAAUCAGCUGUGUCCAAUCACAGCUGAUCUCAUGGGACAUCUACACUGAUCAUCAGGGCACUGAUGAUCAGUGUGCCCUGAUGACCAGUGUAGCCCCAGCAGUGCCACCUGUCAUUGCUCAUCAGUGCCACCUGCCAGUGCCCAUCAGUGCCACAUAAAUGCCACAUAUCAGUGCCUACCAGUGCACAUCAAUGCCACAUAUCAGUGCUUAUCUGAGCUGCCUUUCAGUGUCACCUAUCAAUGCCAGUCAGUGCCACCUAUCAGUGCUGCCAAUCAGUGCCACCUAUCAAGGCCAGUCAGUGCCGCCUAACAGUGCCAGUCAGUGUCGCAUAUCAGUGCUUGUCUGUGCUGCCUAUCAGUGCCACCUAACAGUGCCAGUCAGUGCCACCUAUCAGUGCCAGUCAGUGCCGCCUAUCAGUACCAGUCAGUGCCGCCUCAGUGCCACCUAUCAGUGCUGCCUAUCAGUGCCAUAUAUGUUUGCUGCCUUUCAGUGCCCAUCAGUGAUGCCUGUCAAUGCCCAUCACUGCCACCUACCAGUGUCUCCUCAUCAGUGCCCGUCAGUGCCACCUAUCAGUGCCCAUCACUGCAGCCUCAUUAGCGCAUAUCAGUGUAGGAGAAAAAUCACUUAUUUACAAAAUUUUUAACCAAAAACUAAGAAAAAACUCUUUUAUUCAAAAUUUUCAGUUGUUUUUGGUUUGUUUAGCAAAAAAUAA